CAGAGAGGGCGAAGAAAGUGCUGGGAAGGAAGCAGCACAAGAGGAAGAAGACCAACACCAACCAAAGAAAGAGGAGACAGAGAGAGGGAGAAGGCAAAAUUACUCCUGUCCCCUCCGAAUUCUCAGAUAUCGCUCCCGAGUUCUUCUUCCUUCCCCAUGUGAGUUUCUCUCCUCGUCGGUCGUCGCCUCCACCAACCGGAAGCGGAGCCGCCUCCUGCCGUCUCUACUACGCUCAGGGUCGUCGCCUUCGGCUGGACGGAUAUGGUGGCCGCUCGCCGGAGCACGGCCUCCACCGCCACCGUCCUUCUUCUUCUGCUGCUGCUCCCCCUGCUUGCCGUCUCUGUCUCCGUCUCUUCCACGUCGCGCAGUGACCAAGAGCAGGACAGAUCGGCGCUUCUCCAGCUCAAGAACGCCAUCCCCUCCGCCGAGCUGCUCCGCCGGUGGUCACCAGACACGGGGGGCACGGACCACUGCUCCUGGCCGGGGGUGACCUGCGAUGCGAGGUCCCGAGUCGUUGCCCUCGUCGUGCCUUCCAGCUCCCCCCGCUCCCGGCCCAGGAGGGGGAGCGCCAGCGAGCUGCCUCUGUCGGUCGGGUUCCUCACCGAGCUGAAAGAGCUCUCGCUUCCCUCCCGCGGCCUUUUCGGCGAGAUCCCUGCUGAGAUCUGGAGGUUGGAAAAGCUCGAGGUGGUCAACCUCGCGGGGAACUCGCUGCGGGGCGCCCUUCCGGCCACCUUCCCGCGGCGGCUAAGGGUGCUUAACCUCGCUUCCAACGCGCUUCACGGUGAGAUCCCCGCCUCUCUUUGCAGCUGCACGGACUUGGAACGGAUGGAUCUUUCCGGCAACCGGUUCACCGGGCGGGUGCCAGGAGCUCUUGGUGGCCUCCCCAAGUUGAAGCGCCUUGACUUGUCCCAGAACCUUCUUGCCGGGAACAUCCCCUCGGGUUUGGGGAAUUGCACUGCACUCCGCUCGUUCCGGUUGUUCUCCAAUUUGUUGGAUGGUUUCAUUCCACCAGAGAUUGGAAGGCUCGCUAAGCUGCGAGUUUUGGAUGUCUCGGGUAACAGAUUGAGCGGUCCAGUGCCACCUGAGCUAGGGAAUUGCUCAGAUUUGUCGUUUCUUGUAUUGUCAAGACAGUUUGAUGCAGUGAAAUCGCAUGGGUUCAAUCAGUUCAAUGGAGGGAUUCCGGAAAGUGUGACAGUUCUGCCCAAGCUUAGGGUGCUAUGGGCGCCGAAGGCAGGCCUCAAAGGGAAUGUCCCAAGCAAUUGGGGAAGCUGUCAUAAUUUGGAUAUGGUUAAUCUCGGUGCGAAUUUACUUUCUGGAGUAAUUCCAAGGGGACUAGGGCAGUGUAGAAACCUCAAGUUUCUCAACCUCAGCUCCAAUAGAUUGUCCGGUUCGCUUGAUAAAGAUCUUUAUCCACAUUGUAUGGAUGUGUUUGAUGUCAGUGGCAAUGAACUGUCAGGCUCAGUUCCAGCAUUUGGGAACAAAGGGUGUGCAUCUCAGCUAACGUUGGAUGCCAUGCCGUCUGGUUAUUCUUCACUCUUCAUGUCUGAAGCCGUAGCAGAACUAUCAUUGGGUUACUGCAACUCUGGAGAUUGUUCUUUUGUAUACCAUAAUUUCGCGAAGAACAAUAUUGAAGGCCGUCUUACAUCCUUGCCACUUAGUGCAGACAGAUAUGGAAACAGGACCAUGUAUGCAUGUAUUCUUGAUCACAACAACUUCACUGGAUCAGUGGAUGCAAUUCUGUUGGAACAAUGUAGUAAGUUAAAUGGUCUGAUCAUCAGCUUCCGAGACAACAAGAUAUCUGGUGGGCUCACAGAAGAAGUUAGCGCAAAAUGCCGGGCCAUCAGAGUUUUGGAUCUAGCCAAGAAUCAAAUUUCAGGAGUAAUGCCUGCUAACAUUGGUUUGUUGAGUGCUCUUGUAAAGAUGGACAUGAGCAAAAAUUUGCUGGUGGGUCAAAUACCUUCCAGUUUCAAAGACCUGAAUAGCUUGAAAUUUCUCUCGUUAGCUGGGAACAAUAUCAGUGGUCACAUACCGUCCUGUUUGGGUCAGUUGAGCUCACUGGAGGUUUUAGAUCUAUCGUUUAAUUCUCUGUCUGGUAACAUCCCUAGUAAUCUUGUGACACCGAGAGGUCUCACUGCACUUCUGCUGAAUAAUAAUGAACUCUCUGGAAAUGUUGCUGAUCUUAUGCCUUCAGCAUCGUUGUCUGUUUUUAACAUUUCCUUCAACAACUUGGCUGGGCCAUUGCAUUCGAAUGUCCGAGCACUGAGUGAAACAGAUGGUAACCCAGAACCUGAGAAUACACCCACUGAUAGUGGCGGCGGCGGCGGCGGCGGAUUCACCAAAAUAGAGAUUGCCUCAAUAACCUCAGCAUCAGCUAUUGUUGCAGUUCUCUUAGCCCUGAUCAUCCUGUACAUUUACACUCGAAAAUGUGCAUCAAGACCAUCAAGGCGUUCUCUCAGGAGAAGGGAAGUGACUGUUUUUGUGGAUAUUGGUGCUCCUUUGACAUAUGAGACUGUUGUGCGUGCUGCUGGAAGUUUUAAUGCAAGCAAUUGCAUUGGAAGUGGUGGCUUUGGAGCAACAUACAAAGCUGAAAUUGCACCAGGAGUCUUGGUGGCAAUAAAAAGGCUUGCUAUUGGAAGGUUCCAAGGUAUUCAGCAGUUCCAAGCAGAGGUGAAAACUCUCGGGAGGUGUCGUCAUGACAAUCUUGUAACUCUCAUAGGGUACCACCUCAGUGAUUCAGAGAUGUUUCUAAUAUAUAAUUUUCUGCCCGGUGGUAACUUGGAAAGGUUCAUACAAGAAAGGACAAAGAGACCAAUUGAUUGGAGAAUGCUUCACAAAAUUGCUUUAGAUGUUGCACGCGCACUUGCGUACCUUCAUGAUAAUUGUGUCCCACGUAUUCUGCACCGUGAUGUGAAACCAAGCAAUAUCUUGCUCGACAAUGAGUACACUGCAUACCUUUCUGAUUUUGGAUUAGCAAGACUACUUGGGAAUUCAGAAACUCAUGCAACCACUGGUGUCGCGGGUACUUUUGGAUAUGUUGCUCCAGAGUAUGCAAUGACUUGCCGUGUUUCUGAUAAGGCUGAUGUGUAUAGCUAUGGAGUUGUGCUGCUUGAACUUAUUUCAGACAAGAAAGCACUGGACCCUUCCUUUUCUCCAUAUGGGAACGGUUUCAACAUUGUUGCCUGGGCUUGCAUGCUUCUGCAGAAGGGCCGAGCGCGUGAGUUCUUCAUAGAAGGGCUGUGGGAUGUGGCCCCGCAUGAUGAUUUGGUUGAGAUUCUACACCUCGGUAUCAAGUGUACCGUUGAUUCUCUUUCUUCUAGGCCCACAAUGAAGCAAGUUGUCCGUCGACUAAAGGAACUCAGACCACCCUCCUACUAGAAAUCACAAAUCUAGUAUGAUAUACGCCUCAAGACUGAGAGUGAGGAAGCAAUGAGAGCACUGGAGGGAUGCAUUUGCUGAUCUUGAUCAGAUGAUUUCCUGUUGAAGUUCCUGAUGAUCCUGUUGAUCACAACUGCCAACGAUAUUCCACACAAAUUAGUGGACACACUAUCCACAUGCCAUCUCCUCCAGGGUGAUGUGAUGUCUGUCCACUUGUCCAGUGCCGAGCGCAAGAUUGGAUCACCGCACCAAGGCAAUCAAAGCGAUUCCGUGGAAGUUAUUCUUUGCCUAGCAUUCCUGGAGCCAGGGACGAGGCAUCUCCUACCUAUAACCAUAUUAAUUCGUGGAUCAACUUGGCACCUCGAAGUGCAGCUCUCCUGAUUGAAGAUUGCCCGUCGAAGUUGUCGGGGGUUAUGAUGCAAUCUGCGAAACCGGGAGGGUUUAGCCCAAUUGCCUCCUCCAUGGAGGGGCCAGAUUGGAAGGAAAAAAUAAAUCGAGAGCGAGACCAUGUGAUGAUCGAAGCUCAUCAUUCUGCACGGUGGUGGCCCUGGCUGAUUAGUUGACUUGUCUUUGUAAUCGGUUGCUAAUCUUGUUGCAACUGACAGGCAACCGGGAAGAUGCUUAUUUAAACGAACACGUCCUCCGCAAUGGCAUUUGAUGAUGGAUGAUUGUAAUCUGUGAUGGAUUUGAUUUUUACACUGAGCGUCCCUGAUAAUGACAAUAGGAUGGAACGCAAAUAAUGAAAAAUUUAAAAUUAA